AUGGCCGAUGAUGGACUUAAUCCGAAGGCCUAUCCAUUGGCCGAUGUUCAACUUUCUCAAAGAUUACUUGAUCUCGUCCAACAAGCUAUGAACUACAAACAGUUGAAGAAGGGAGCUAACGAAGCUACCAAGACUCUCAACAGAGGAAUUUCCGAGGUCAUUAUCAUGGCUGCUGAUGCCGAACCAUUAGAGAUUAUCCUCCAUUUGCCACUUCUCUGCGAAGACAAGAACGUUCCAUACGUCUUUGUCCGUAGUAAGGCUGCUCUUGGACGUGCCUGCGGAGUUACUCGCCCUGUUAUUGCUGCUUCCAUUACUCAAAACGAAGGUUCUCAACUGAAAUCUCAAAUCAACAAGAUUAAGGAAGAUGUUGAAAAAUUGCUCAUCUAA